CCCUGCACCCUCUUGGCUGCCCCAUGGCUUCCCGGAUCCUGGGGUGGCUCCUGGUGCCCUGGACCUUGCAGCUGGCAGGAGGGCAGUCGGUGACCCACACUGGCCUCCCCAUUGUGGCCUCCCUGGCCAACUCAGCCGUCUCCUUCACCUGCAAAAUCACCUACCAGUACACCCCCAAAUUCCAGCCCUUCACUGUCAGCUACUUCCACGUGGAUCUCCAGGGCAGGACCAGCAGGAAGCAGCCCACCGGCUGCCGACCCGCCCCGGGCGCCGAGAACCAGACCUACACGCUGGACUGCAGGGUCACCCUCAGGCUGCCCAACGCCUCGGCCACAGGCUCCUACUACUGCUGCCUCCUCUGGCCGAGCUCCGAGGUCGCCGUCGCUGGCAACGGCACCUUCAUCCUGGUCAGAGACGCAGGGUACCGGGACCCCCCGCAGAGCGUCCAGAAGCCCCUGCUCUUUAGCUUCACCGGCCUCCUGACUGCCCUGGGCGUGCUGGGCACAGCUCUGCUGCUCUGGAAAAAGAAACAGAUGCUGGCUCCAGAAAAGCGCACCACCAAGGAGCACCCGGAUCCAGGCUCGGCCAGCAGACCCRCGCAGGCUCCGGCUGAAUCCAUCUACACGGCCCUGGAGCACCGCGAGCCCGAGGUCUAYGCCUACAUCGAGAGCGAGGCCAGCAGCCCACCCUCGGCCAGGAACCGCCCCUCCCAGGAGAGACUGCCUAGGUUUGGGGACGACAGUGAAUUGAACCUGGUCUAUGAAAAUCUCUAG